AUGUCGCGCAUCAACACCGAGGGCAUCCGCCAGCGUCCUAUACCGAAUCCCACCGCUGCCGUGGAAGCAGAGAUUCCCAUCACAUCCACCAAAGACUAUCUGAAAGAGGACAACCAUCCGGCCGGUCCAGUCAAGCAUGGUCCUGCUAUGCAAUACUUCCGCAUCGCGUGCUUUGUAGUCUUCUUCUUCAUUGCUGCCUUGGGCAUCCACUCUGCACAACUGCUCGGCGCCCCCCUCUACUUUUACAACAAAGACUACUUUUACGCAUGGCAAGCUGUGUGCAAGCAGUACUUUGCCCUCGUCCUCAUCACCGGCACAUAUCUCUUCGCUCCCACCGUCAUCCGCAUCUCCGGCGACGCCUCUGUCAGCGGCCAGCUGAAGCAAUUCCCCGACGGCCGUCUCGAAUGCGACUUCCCAGAGCGCAUGGUCUUGAUCGCAAACCACCAGAUCUACACCGAUUGGACCUAUCUGUGGUGGGUCAGCUAUACAGCAGCUUGUCAUGGCCACAUCUACAUUAUCCUGAAAGAGAGCUUGAAAUACAUACCCAUGAUUGGGCCAGGAAUGAUGUUCUACAACUUCAUCUUUAUGAGCAGGAAAUGGGCAAAAGAUCAACCGCGUCUGAAGCAUCGCUUGCAAAAGCUGUCCACCAGACAUACAGGCCCCAUGACGGGCAGGAAAGACAAGACUGGCCUGGACCCCGCAUGGCUACUCCUUUUCCCAGAAGGCACAAAUCUGAGUCCAAACACGCGCAACUCAUCCGCGAGAUGGAGUGAAAAGUCCGGCAUCCCGGAUAUGAAGCAUCAGCUCCUGCCACGCAGCACUGGCCUGCAUUUCUGUCUGGAAGAGUUGAAGAAUGGAGUAGACUGGCUCUACGAUUGCACAAUCGCCUAUGAAGGUGUUCCUCGGGGCUCCUACGGUGGUCAACUCUACACUCUACGCUCAGUCUACUUCCAAGGCCGCGCGCCCAAAUCAGUAAACAUGCAUUGGCGUCGCUUCGCCAUUGCCGACAUUCCUCUCCACUCCAAAGAAGAGACGGAAUCCUGGCUACUGGAUAGAUGGAGGGAAAAGGAUGAUUUGCUAGAGUAUUACCUCGAGCAUGGAAGAUUCCCUGCUGAUCCUGCUGCUGUGCAUGCCGUCGACAAGCCAGAAGAAGAGAAGAAACACUGCCAGUACAUUGAGACAGAAGUCAGGCCAAAGUCUGCUUGGGAGCCAUUGCAGUUAUUUGCACCGCUCAUGUCGGCGUAUUUACUGUGUAACAUUCUGAUCAAACUGGUCAAUCUGGUCUUGACUGGACGAUUGAGCUCGAACUAA